CCUUUCUUCUCUCUCAUAAGCUACGAUGUUUCCCUCUCUCUUUUUUCUCCUGUACAUCCCCGACCUCAAGAUCGUUUCUAUGCAGGGUUAGGUUUCCGAUCUCUUCUCCGUUUUCGCUGUGUGUGUGAGAGAGAAGGGAUGGGCGCUGAUGGCGAUGCGAUCGAUUUGGGCAGCGGAAGCGGCAGCGGCAGCAUCGUCACCGUCCACAUCCGGUGCUCCAACGGAUCCAAGUUCUCAGUGCAGACGGGCCUCGACGCCACCGUCGGGGAUUUCAAAUCCGUCCUCGCCGGGAGCUGCGACGUUCCGGCACAGCAGCAACGGCUCAUCUACAAGGGCCGGAUUCUAAAGGAUGAUCAAACCCUAGAAAGCUAUGGGUUGGAGGCAGACCACACUGUUCAUUUGGUCCGCGGUGCUGCAUCACCAGAGGCAUCAACUAACACUGCAAGUGCCGUGAACAUUGGGGUUGCAAACAGCAACGCUGGUGUCUCAAGAGACACUGGUUCCAAUGAAGGUGUAGCCUUUGGAGGGGCAGGUCUUGGAGGCUCUCUAUUUCCUGGACUAAGUUUUAACAGUCCUGCAGGGAAUGGAGUGUCUGGUCUAUUUGAAACUGGGCUUCCAGAGUUUGAACAGAUGCAGCAGCAGCUAACUCAGAACCCUAAUGUCAUGAGGGAAAUCAUGAACAUGCCUGUCAUCCAGAACCUUAUGAACAACCCUGACAUAAUGCGCAACUUGAUUAUGAGCAAUCCUCAGAUGCGUGAAAUCAUAGAUCGGAAUCCUGAUCUUGCACACGUACUUAACGAUCCCAGCACUCUCCGACAGACGCUUGAAGCGGCAAGGAAUCCUGAACUCAUGCGGGAGAUGAUGCGGAACACCGACAGGGCUAUGAGCAACAUAGAGUCCUCACCUGAAGGAUUCAACAUGCUUCGCCGUAUGUAUGAAACUGUCCAAGAGCCAUUUCUAAAUGCCACGACAAUAUCGGGAGACACUACUAGCAAUUUGGAGGCGAACCCAUUUGCGGCACUCUUGGGGGACCAAGGUGUGGGCCAGGCUAGAGAGCGAUCUCCAAACCCUUCAACCACCGGUUCAGAAACAUCUGGGUCUCCUUCACCAAAUACUAAUCCACUUCCCAACCCAUGGAGCAAUGCUGGAGGUGUACAGACAAACACUACCACGAGGUCCAAUCCUCCUGCCGAUGCGAGGGCACUUGGAGUUGGUGGCUUAGGUGGGCUUGGUGGUCUCCAAGAGCUGGAACGAAUGCUCGGUGGCUUGCAAGAUUCCCCUUCUCCUCUUUCGAGUCAGGUCAUGCAAAAUCCUGCCUUCACACAGAUUAUGCAAAGCCUCCUUUCCAACCCCCAGUAUAUGAACCAGCUGUUGGGUCUCAAUCCCCAGCUGCGAAACAUGCUGGAUUCCAAUUCUCAACUCAGAGAAAUGAUGCAAAACCCAGAAUUUCUUCGCCAGAUGGCUCCCCCUGAGAUGAUGCAGCAACUUUUGUCUUUGCAGCAAUCACUUUUAUCCCAUCAUGGUCGGCAACAGUCAGCCCAGGAACAAGUUCAGACUGGUGCUGGUGGAGGUGCAACCAACAAUAAUAUGGGAUUGGAGUUGUUGAUGAACAUGUUUGGUGGCCUUGGGACAGGUGGCCUCAGCAUGCCUAAUGCACCCAAUGUGCCACCGGAAGAACUCUAUGCGACUCAGCUAUCACAGCUUCAAGAGAUGGGUUUCUUUGACACGCAAGAGAAUAUCCGUGCACUGACUGCCACUUCUGGGAAUGUCCACGCUGCGGUCGAGCGCCUCCUGGGCAAUCUUGGUCAGUAAAAUUUCAUCGUUUCUUCUAUAUUUUAGAUGGCAUUGCUUUUCUUCCUGUAAGAUUAGUUGGUUCCCAUCCAUAUCUUUUUCCUUUUAGACUGCAAAGUGUGCGUAUUCGCUAUCCAUUUUGGAUACGAAAUGAGUACAUUGCAUUUAUAUGGUAAGAAUUAUCAAUCUUUUUUGGUAUAGCUAUGUGAAUUGCUGGGAACUUUGCCUCUCUCAAUUGAGAUAGAGGAAUACCUGUGAUUUUUGUACAUAUACACCUCUAAUAGGGAGUUUUCUACUUGAAUUGUUCUCCAAAUUUCUAAGAAAUUGUGGUGUUUAUAGAAUUGUUUCUCUUUAUUUA